CGACUGGUUUAAGUGUAGAUUGGGUACUCUGUUGAAGGCUUUUUUUUUUGCAUACUUCCGAGCUGUUUCGAGCUAAUGGCUCGUCGUCGUCGAAGCAAACCUGGGUCGGAUCUAAUAAGUCAACUACCGGAAGAUUUGAAGCACAAAAUAUUGGAGCGUUUAGACACUAGAAGCGCAGCCAAAACUGCUCUUUUCUCCAGGCAAUGGAAGGAUGUUUGGUUGCGGCACGGUCAGCUUGUCUUUGGUUGGGAAGAUUGCCCAAAUGGAGGCCGUGAUGAGGAUGAUUUCAAGUUUUUAGUGAAAACGAUAACUAACGUUCUCCUGCUCCGUACUGGGCCAGUUAAGAUUUUCUCCUUCUCAAUUUAUAGAAAGUUCAAUACUCCUGAACAAUCUGAUCUUGAUGGUUUGUGUCUAUUUCUAUCAAAAAAUGGUAUCGAGCAACUUCACCUAAGUAUUCUUCCUCAUCCGGACAGUGAGAAGCUCACAAUACCGGCUUGCAUAUUUUCCUGCCCGACAAUAAAGAGACUGUAUGUUGAUGCUAUUGAUUUUUAUGGCCCGGUUUGUGCUCCACAUGGUAGUAUAUUAUCUGGUGUGACCUCUAUUAUUUUCACUGAAGUUGAGUUUAAGGCUAAGGCCAGUGGAACUCUCCCGGUUAACAUUCCUAAUCUUGAGGAGCUCAGUCUAUGUUGGUGUCAUCGGAUAGAUAAUUUUGUGUUCAGUGCUCCGAAACUUAAAAGCCUCAUAGUUGUUUAUGCUAAUUCCCCUAUUGAUUUGAAAUGGUUUGAACUUCAUGUCUUAGGGAUUAAAAACCUUUCUCUGACGAUAGACUCAGUUUUGGUUAAACCUGAAAAAAAUAUCCAAGAGUGGUUCCCAACUGCAAUGAAUCUGCAAGUGAUUAAGCUACAUGGUUUUGCUUUUCUCUGCCAGAAGCACAUUGUUCUUGUCAUUCAAUUGCUUAAAAAAUGUCCAAACCUACUUGAACUAGGAAUUGAGAUUAAACCUAAGUCACAGGUCUCAUAUGAAGAAGAAGAAGAAGAAGCUGAUUUCCCUGAUUUGAGUAUACCAAAAGAUCCAAACAGAUGGUUUGAUGAUCAGGAUCUGUGCAAGCUUAAAUCGGUGAAGAUGCAAUCAUUUAAUGGAUUAAGAGAGGAAGUGGCCUUUAUUAAAACGAUCCUUGCAAGAGCUCCUGCGCUUGAAGAAGUUAUUAUUAAAGAAUCGGUUGAUAUUGACACCUCUCUAGCUUCCAAAUUCAAACGGAAGAUGACCACCUUUGCCCGUGCAUCUUCAAAAGCAGAAGUUAUCGUUACAGACACCGAAUAUCUUGUCUCCAGCCUGAAAAGUUUAUUCCCUAAUUUUUAGACAUUUGAAUCAGUUUAUAAGGUGCACUGUCAUGGGUUGUGCUUGUAUAUGUAACACAAGAUUAUCAAUGACAUGUUUUCUCAGAUAAUUGGUGCCU